AUGCGCGGGAGUGGUGAUGCCGCGGAAAGGGGGGAGGAGGGUUGUGAAGUGGAGACGGCGAAUGGCGUUGUGGCGCCAGAGCUCGCGCCCGGCCCUAGGAACCGGCUAGACCCAUACCUCACGGCGCUCGAUAAGCUGUCGGACGCGCUGCGGUUCUUCGAGGCGCACAGCUAUUUGGGCAGCUGCCGCGUGGAGCUGCGGCAGGGGAGGGGGCUGAUGGACGAUGCGGUGGGGCGACUGGAAGAGGAGUUCGGAGAGGUUCUGUCCGGUGCAAGCCUGGUACCGGAUCGGAAGGCGCUCGUCCAAUCUGCAGCCUGCAUGAAGCCAGGCGAGGUGGUGCCGCCCGUGCCUCUGGUUCGGCCUGAGGCCGUGAAGCCGCUUCGGGCCAUGGCGGCAUGGAUGGUGGGCAAUAGCUACGAGGAAGCGUGUCUGCGAGUGUACGAGGAGCAGCGGGCAGCAGCGUUGCUACGGUGUUUGGAGCGGCUGGGCAGUGCGGCGCUGACGCGUGACGAGGUGGUGGCGCUGCCCUGGGCCGACCUCGAGCCCCUUAUGAAGCGCUGGGUCGAGAACCUCAAGCUCACGAUGCUGGUGCUGAUCGCAGCAGAGGAGGCGGUGUGCAGCGACAUCAUCGGGCGCGGCCCCUCCCCCUCCCCCUCGGUGCGGGCACGGUGUCUGACGGGCGUGGCGGUGCCGGCGCUGAAGCAGCUGCACGCGUUUGGCGACAUCAUCGCGGACAUGCCGCGCGCCCCCGAGCACGUCUUCUCGCUGCUCGAGAUGGUGGAGGCACUGCUCGACCUGCGCCCCGCUGUGGAGAAGCAGUUUCCCGGGGAGGCGGGCGGCGAGGUGCGGCAGCAUCUGGUGGGCAUCUGUGCGGCGCUGUGCCGCACGGUGAGGGGCACCAUCGCUGACUUCCAGCACAUCGUGCUCCACGACCCCACCCCGCCCCCCGCCCCCUCCCCCCCUCUCCCCCGCUCCUCCUCCACCUCCUCCUCCACCCCCCCCUUCCCCCCUCCUCCUCCUUUGGUUUCAGCCGCUGGCCAGGAGGGGGGGGAAGAGAGGAAGGGGGAGGAGGACGGAGAUGGGGGAUGGGGGAGUCAUGGGGAGGAGGAUUUGGACUCGAGCCACAGAUCGGAUGCCAGCCAUCGAUCUCACCACGGGGGCGGUGGGUCGCACAAUCGGACGGUCAGCGGCAGCGCGUCAAGCGGGAGGGGCAUUCUGGGGGGGCUGCUGCCGAAGAAGGUCAGCAAGGGGCACGAGGAGGGCAAGGGCGAGACGCGGGGGAAGAGCAAGGCGGAGAGCAAGGAGGGUGGGGGGUCGGCGGGGCAGGACGUGGUUGUGAGAGGCAGUCCGGACGUGCACCCUCUGACGAGCUACGUGGUGAACUUCAUCCUGCUCUACUUCGACGAGACGCUGUACCUGGGCACGCUGCUGCUGGUGUACGACGAGGGCGGCGACCACCACGAGGGCGCCGUGCGAGUGGGCGCCGCCACGCGCCACCUGCUGGCGGCGCUCAAGGCGAAUCUGGAGCGCAAGGGCGACGCGUUCCAUGACGAGGCGAUGCGCGCCGUGUUCCUCAUGAACAACUGCGAGUACAUCCAGCGCAAGGUGGAGGAGCAGCAUGUGAAGAUGAUCCUUGGGCGGGCAUGGGUGGACGAAAACGCCAAGGACCUUGAGAAGCACCGAGAUGUCUACAUUCGAUGUAUUGUGAAUAAGGUGGCGGCUGUGCUGUCGGACCACCGGGGCGACGUGGCGGCGUUCACUCGGCGGGUGCAGGCGCUGCAGGGGCUGCUGGAGGGCGUGCAGGCACAGCAGAGCGGGUGGAGCAUCGGGAACGGCGACCUGCGCGCGUUGGUGCGCGGGGAGGUGGCCUCGCAGGUGCUGCUGCGAUACUCCGACUUCCUCGACCGCCACAGGGCUCUCUCCGUGUUGAGGGCUCUCUCCGUGUUGAGGGCUCUCUCCGUGUUGAGGUGCGCUCCAGGGCUCUCUCCGUGGUGA